CCUUAUCAGCUCCUCCCAACAGCCCUUUCCUAUCCGCCCUUCCCAUUCUCCCGCUUUCUGCUUUAUUGCUGGCCGGCUGGAUUGGCCCCGCUGCCGCCGAGAGGAGCUCCAGCCCAGCCGGCACCAGCCCCUGAGAAACCUUCUCUGUCUCCUCAGGUUUGAGAUCCCGGCGCUCAGGAGCCCCGCGGUGUGAUGCCAUCCUGCCACAUGCCGGGUUCGAGGCAUCCGUCCAAGUGGAUGUUCCCUCCCCUCCUUCUAUUCCUGGCUGAGCUCGGCUGCAGCGCCCAACCCACGUACCCAUGGAGGGACGCCGUGACGAGCGAGAGGCUCACGUGCCAGCAGUGCCCGCCGGGGACCUUCGUGUCGCGGCACUGCAGCAGGGACAGCCCGACCGUGUGCGAGCCCUGCCCGGAGCUGCACUACACGCAGUACUGGAAUUACCUGGAGAAGUGCCGGUACUGCAACGUGAUCUGCGGGGAGAAGCAGGUGGAGGUGCAGCAGUGCGAUGCCACGCACAACCGCGUCUGCCAGUGCCAGGAGGGGUACUACUCGGACAUGGAGCUCUGCAUCAGGCACUCCGAGUGCCCGCCGGGCUCCGGCGUGGAGAAACCAGGUACCCCCUUUGAGGACACCAAGUGCCACGAAUGCCCCCCCGGCUCCUUCUCCUCCAACUCCAGCACUGCCCCGUGCCAGCCACACCAGGACUGUGAGCAGCAGGGGAAGGUGACCAACGUUCAGGGCAACAGGUUCCACGACACCUUCUGCACCUCCUGCAGACUGGGGAGAGGCAACGCCACACAGGGACCAGCUGUAGAGGACGACGACUGCGAGCAAGCCAUGAUCGACUUUGUGGUGUAUCAGAACAUCCCCGUCAAGAAGCUGAAGCGCCUGCAGCAGAUCCUGGAGCGCUCGCCAAGGAAGCACCAAACAUGGACCAGGGCAGCCAUCCAGGAGAAAUUCCGGACUUUCCUCACUCACAAGAAAGAGGAGCACUACGAGGUCACCAAGGAGCUGCUGGACGCGCUGCGCGUUGUCAAGCUCCAGUCCAUCGAGGAGAAGGUCCGCAAGCGCUUCCUGCUGCCCUGAGAGCACGA